AUGCACCGUGUCCCAUCCCUGGCUGCCAAGGCCUGGCCACCGUGCCAGUACCUUCAAGACUGGGAUGGAGAUUUGGUGCUUGCUGUGACCCGACACCUCACUCCUGCAGAGAAACAUCCUUCGAUUUGGCAACGCUGUCAGGUUGGCGCAGGGCUCCUCAACCUGGGGAACACCUGCUACAUGAAUGCGGCACUGCAGUGUCUUACCUACACGCCACCACUGGCCAACGUCAUGCUGUCCUGGGAGCAGUCUCCAAGCUGUGGGCCCCAGGGCCUCUGCAUGCUGUGUGCAAUGCAGGACCAUAUCAGCCGGGCCCUCCAUCAUCCUGGCCACGUCCUGCAGCCCUCGGCCGCCCUGGUUGGAGACUUCCACAGACAUCAGCAGGAAGAUGCCCAUGAGUUUCUGAUGUCUACUCUGGAUGCCAUGCACAGAGCCUGCCUGCGUGGGCAUGGGCCCUUCCACAGCUGCUCCAAAGACACCACCCUGAUCCGUCAAAUCUUUGGUGGCUACUGGAGAUCGCGAGUCCAAUGUCUCCGUUGCCAGCGAGUGUCAGACACCUUUGAUCCUUACCUGGACAUCACUUUGGAUAUCCAGGCUGCAGAAAGUGUGAGCCAAGCUUUGGAACAGUUGGUCACAACUGAAGAGCUGGAUGGUGACAACUCCUAUCAUUGUGGAAUUUGUCACAGGAAGGUGCCGGCUUCCAAGAAGCUGACUCUGCACACUUGUCCUGAGGUCCUGAUCCUCGUACUGAAACGGUUCUCAGACAUGACUGGUGACAAGAAUGCUAAGCAUGUGAACUAUCCAGAGAGUCUGGACUUGAGUAGAUGCAUUUCUGGGCAGGCCACAGGAGCAGCUGUUUACAGACUCUAUGCAGUUCUGGUCCAUGUGGGCUUGACUUGCCACACAGGCCAUUACCUCUCCUAUGUCAAAACAGGAAAUGGCAAGUGGUAUAAAAUGGAUGAUGCCAAGUUAGUGGCAUGUGACAUGACUUCUGCCCUGAACCAACAAGCCUAUGUGUUGUUUUACAUCCAGCAGUGGGAUUUGGUCAGAGACCAUGGGACUGUGCCAAGUGAAGGGGGAGCAAGGGACCCUGAAAUAAAGGACAGAGACCUGGGCACAAGCCUAGACAUGCCUGAAGGAGAUGCCACCAUGGAAAUUCCAGUGUGGCAGGAGGAGCACCUGGAAGACACAGCCACUGAACCAAUGACCUUAGAUGAGUGGAAAAUGCUCCAAGCACAAGAGCGACCAAAGGCUGACUUCAAGCUUAGGGUGAUUGAGACCGCCCUGCCCUCCAAUGCAGUUGUGAUUCACAAGUCGAAACCCUUGAGCAGGGUGGGAAAGGAGCACCAUCAGCAGGAAGUCCACCAGCUGAAGGAUCCGGCCAGGGACAUCCCUGCUCAGGUGGCCAUCAACUUUGGCAGUGUCCUUUGCCCUGGGAGGGGUACCAGAGGUAGCAAGAGCAAGAAAAAAGGCAAGGGUCCCAGGCAGCUCCAUCCAUUCCAGAAAGAUUCAUAG